CAAAAAGAAAGCCAAACUGAGUAAAACUGAGUUGUGAUUAGCUUUAUCACUGAUUAGAUUCUGAUUACUGGUAAAUUAUGUCUGAAUUUCGAUUAUUCUGUGUGUCAGAUCUAAAACAAACACCAGCAGAACUGUCCAGUAAUGAAGAUAGUAGUUAUUAUUCUGAUGAUAUCAAACUAACAGCAGACCAGUUGAUUGUAUUUGCACUUGGUAAAUGGCCAGAAAUUUGUGCAGAACCAUUGGAAGUUUCAGUCACAGUUAAAAAUGAAGUAACUGUAUUACUCGGAAACCUAUCACAAAAGAAUAGGUGUAUUAUAUGGGAGAAGUAUGAUAAUAAACUAGAAUUACCAGAAGAUAAGUCAGGUGUAGCUAUACUCAGAGUUGAUACACCAGAAUUAAGACAACCACCUGUUUUACUACCAGAGAUACAAUCAGUGACUGCAGUAGAUAGUGGUAUAGAUAUUGACUCUGAUAUAUUAGAUACUGAUUCAUUACAAGCUGAGAUGGAAAAUACACCACAGAUUUUAGGCACUCCGUCACCUCUUCCUAAAAGAUCACGAUCUAAGAAACGAAAUAGAGAUGGUACAGAUAAAACACCUAAUGGUCCCACACCAACUAAACAGAAAGCCACAACUAGAAUGAGAACCUUGAAAAAUGAAUUCAAAACACCCAGUAAAACACCUAAAAAGAAAAAGACACCUAAGAAAGUAUUAGGAGAUAAAAGCAAUGAAGAUAAUGGUGCAACUGAAGGACAGAAAGUUUCAUAUUGUAAAGAUGUCACUACUAGAUUUGAAAACCCUACAAAUAGAUGGGGACAUUCCAUGUGUAUGGUACAUGAUAAUAAAGCUGUAUUAGUUGGGGGACAAGGUGAUAAACAACAACUCAGUCGAGAUUCAGUUUGGACUCUGGCACCAGACACAAGAAAAUGGAAUGAAGAAGAUUUGAUAUCAGACAAUCAAAAACCAGAAUAUAGAAUGGGACAUUCUGCCACGUAUGAUCCUAUGGUUAGAUGUAUUUAUAUUUAUGGUGGUUCGAAAAAUCUCAAAUGGUUUAAAGAUGUUCAUUCAUUAGAUGUUGGUUCUUGGAAAUGGCAGCUUGUUAAAGCUAAUGGCAAAGCGCCAACAAGAGCCUAUCAUAGUGCUACAUUAUACAGACAUGAAGUGUGGAUAUUUGGUGGAGUUUACCCAAGACCAGAUCCUAAUCCUGAUGGUUCUAGUAAUGAUAUACAUAUAUUUAGUCCUGUCAUGGAGAACUGGUAUGAUCCUAUUGUUACUGGUGAAAAACCGGCACCUAGAUCUGGACAUUCAGCUACCCUGAUAAGAGAUCAGUUAGUUAUAUUUGGAGGCUGGGAUUAUCCUGUAGUUUUUAAUGAUUUACAUAUAUUAGAUAUGACCACAUGUGAUUGGUCAAAGCCAGAUAUUAAAGGAACUCCACCAAAACCUAGAAGCUGGCAUAGUUCGUGUGCAUUAAGUUCUGGUAGUCGUAUAUUAAUACAUGGUGGAUAUGAUGGUAAUGAUGCUCUAGAUGAUACCUCUAUAUUUAAUCUGGAUACGUUAACAUGGAUGAAAAUAAAAGUAGAAUCAACGCCAUCACCUCGGGCAGGUCAUGUGGCUCUAUGUUUACCCUAUAGUUAUGAGAACCAGCAAGAAGAUGAAAUACUGAUAUUUGGUGGUGGUGACAAUGAUGGAACAUUCUUUAAUGAUUUAUUUAGUUUGAAUGUACCUUUUACUCCAAUGAUAGACAGCUCAUAAUGAUAUUCAGUCAAAUAGUGCUUUUAUUGAUUUUAACCCAGAAUUUUAAUGCCAAUUCAUCACUGAUGAAUAACUUUUCAAAAUAACUAAAAUCCAAUGAAUUAACAAUUGUCAUAUCAGAUGCAAUCACUUAUCAAUAAACAAUUGUUGUGGGUGUACUUUUUCGAGGGCAAUGAAUGAAAGCAACAAAGGCAAGAGUAUGCUAUGAAUAUUUGGUAAUUGGGGUGAUAUUGGCAGUUUUAAUGAAUACAUUUUAAAUUAAAGUUAUUUUCAACCCUUUUUUUUUUUAGAGAUAUUUUCAUAUUUAAAUAUUUUUAAUCAUGUAUAUAAUUAUCACCAUGUAGUUUAAACCAUAUUUAUAAAAUGUUUAGUAGAUU